CAGGUUUAAUUUUGUUUAAGCAAACUUAGGCCUGGGCACAAAUUUUCCCUAAAGGUCGUUUCCAAUUUCACAUUGCAUAUUAAAAGUUGAUCUUUUCACAAGUAAUUGUAAUUCAAGGUUUCAUCCAUGCAGGAAUCAGGGACUAGGCAACACAGAGCUCAGCAAUGGUGAUGCUCAUCGCAAAUCACAGAAAGAAGUGGCUCGUGCUCUUGGUAAUCUUUGCAUUAGCCACGGUAUAUGCAGAUCUUGACCUUAGCAGAUACGAAAGAGAUCUAAGCGCUGCAAAUGAACAUGGAUCCGAUCAAGAUGUUGAUAUUUUCAUCGCAGAAAUUCUCCCGGAAGGAGCACAAAACUUGGAGCAGAUGUUUAGACCACUUGCCAGGUAUAAAAAAGCAGUCAUAGACGCUCAGAUUGAGCCGGUAGAAGAAGCACAAAAUACAAAAAACAGCGACUCUGAGUUUCUUGUUCCGUCUGCGCACAACAGAAAUACAUUGACAGCAUACAGCAGUCUCGAAUCUACAACCCAAACGCCUACGAGCAGUACGUUUUACCGUAUAAAACCAUUGACCAUGUAUGAAGAGCAAACGAAAUCGAGUUCAAGCGUAAUUCAUUCUGAACAACCAACUUUUUCAACAGAUAAAACAGAGCGAGGUGAAGGAAUCAUGAAUGCUUCAGACGAUGCUGAACCUUCAAAUGACCAAUGGAGCAAAGAUGGAAGUGGAAGUGGUACUGCUGGAGACGAGGAUAGUAGUGGAGACAAAACAGUGGAUACUAUUGCUCCUUUAACGACUACUAGCGGAGCCAGUAAAGCUGUUCAGAAUAAUGGAAAUAUUUCGUCAAAUAGUUUCAAUGAUUCAAAGAAUAUGGCCUAUUCUCAUAACGUAAUUGAUUUUUCAGAGGCUUAUAAUAAUAGCGCGAAUUCUGCACCAAUUUAUAACAUGAAAAUAAAUCUAGAGUAUCGACCAGCGGAUGAAGAUAGACAUGAACCAGCUAAAAAUGUAACUGUUCAAGCAAUAGGGAAAAAUGAUCCACUGGAUCAGGAAACAGAUCAAACUACUGAUUACAAAGGCAACACGUAUACAUCAACUGCUAAUCCACAUAUCUACAAUGCGAGAUUUAAUUAUACACAUCUUUACCAGACCGUUCAAAGGCAAGAACCAAAAGCUGGAAAGGACACUAAAAUCGGAGAGCAAGUGAGCACAACUGAGCAGUUGAGCACCAGUAUGCAUAUAAACUCUACUGAACACGUAGGUACCAGUGAGCAUAUGAGCACUAAUGAACAAUCAGUAAACAGCUCAUUAAAUGCGGCAGUGAAACAAGGUGCGGGUAUUUAUACUGAGAUUGGCUCUGGUGGUGAUGAUCCUGCAAAUGAGGCUGAAGAAGACUCAGAGAUUUCAGGUGAAAAAGAGGCAAACGAUGAAAAUAAACCCGAGAGACAGCAUAAGUCAAUUCAGCUUGGAACUAAUUCAAGCAAUUCAAAUAUGGAGAAUGACGAAGCAGUAAGUUCAGUUUUUGGAAAGAUGUCAUUGGAUAAAAACAACAAGAUUCAUCGCCUGAAUAUAUUAAAGCCUAAUGCAAACUCAUUUGAAGAAGAUCAAAAGAAAGAUAAUUAUGCAAAUGAAUAUACAUCUGAUGGUUUAAGGGCGAUUAAACGACCGGAGAAUACGACAAGGAGCAUUGUUGGAAUCAAUUCUUUGCAAACGCCAAAUGUGCAACAGGAAAAUUUUCCAGUUAAUCACGAUGUGGACGACCAAAAAGAAAGCGACAACAAAGAUCAAACUCAAUUAGAUCAAACAUUCAAGAGUAAUCCCAGGGCAGAUACAGUGCUGCACUCUUCUGUAGAUAAUCUCUCCAAUGCAAGUAAUGUUGAUCUCCAGUUGAAAAAGAGUAAUAGCACUGUCUAUAAAACAACAGACGUAAAUUCGAAUUUCGGGGAUUUACAGCAUAAUAAUCGAGAAAUGUCAAGUGGUGCAGUUACUGACCAUACAGGUUUUGCAUCCAGCUUUCAAGGUAUGAGUAAAGAUCUGCCAAAAGAAAACAUAACAUCUGUCUCUACGACAAGCUUUAAGUCAGGACUGGACAAUAAAUCAGGGCUAUAUACUGGCCUAGAGUCUGAAAUGAAACAGAAUGAAAAACCAAUAUCAAACAGUUCAAUAGAAUCAAAAAAUAGCCAGGGUGUUAAACUAACUAAAGAAGAAGCUGCGAGAAAAAUAUUUAUGUCAAGCUAUGAAGUAAAGGAAGAGUUGGAAAAUGCAGAGGCUGAGAACCCAGGGUCUGGGGAGAGAGAAGAAGCCGAGGAAACUACUAAUGACAAAAAUGUGGCAGGCAAAUCUAAAAAUAGUUUUUUAAUGACAACUGUGGAAGAUGAUAUAAAUAAUUUGAAGGAUAACUCACUCGUUGACGGACAACAUGAAUCAGCGAACACAGAAGCUAGAAAACAUUUCGAAAAAGUUUCUGAUGCAACAUUAAAAGACAAAGGGUCAUUGCAUUCGGAUUCUAGAAAAUCGCCCCUCACAAAAAAAUUUUCACCUGACAAAAAUGGACUAUUAGCUCAAAACCAAGAGGUUAACAAAAUACUGCCUCACACAAGACAGGGAAAGUCCUUAAGAAGUGGAAAAAGUCGCCAUAAUGCAGAGAAAAGUGAUAGCGAAAGGAAAAGAAGCAAUUCGAGAAUUAAGGUACAGAAGACAAAGAAAAGGAAGAAAAGUGGAAGGAAUUUUAUAAUAGCAAUGAUGAGCGAGAAAGCAAGAGAACUUUACAAAACGCUGAUACAUGAUACGUCUAAGGCUUUGAUGGCAAGAAAACGCCAUGAAGAGAGAAGAAGGCAUCAUAUGAGGUAUACAAAACCAGGCAUUUAUGCUGAAAAGAAACAAAAAGGAAAGUUUCAAGUCAUCAGGCCAGAUAAUCGAGCUAAUGUGAAAGGUCCUAUUGGCCUGAAGAACUUGGCAACAAACAUUUUGAGUACAAUGGUGGCCAAUGAUCACAAGCUUUUGCAACAGGCAGCGACUAAAACUGUUGAGGUUGGCGAAAUAAAAGACUUUACCCAAUCAAAACAGAAUUCAUUGGUAGAAAAACUAGCAGAGUUGAAACUGAGCACCAAAAAGUCAAAAGAGAUACCCUUGCCACUAAGAGAAAAUGAGGAAGACACAAGCUUGGACAGUGAUGCCAUGGAGAAUGAGAAUCCAGGAAAAACUGUGCUUCAAAAGCAAACCAAAGUUGGUCUGGGUAAUAAUGUAAACUUAGACAAUCUCGAUGGAGUUAAACAAGACUAUGAAUAUAAGACGAUUGACCAGGAAAUAGAAGGCGAACUGGCAACAAAUGAAAAGAUCGAAAAAGAGAGCAUCGGGGCAAUGAUAGGAAAACUCUCACCAAAUGAAGAGAAUGCUUCAUCUGAGUUAAUUAUGCAGUCAAUGGCAACAGGAAAUUCCGCUGCAGCACUGCUGUCAUCAUAUAAUUCGGAGGAGAGCCUUGAAAAUAAAACAGAACAAUAUCAGAGCCAGACAAAUGGAGUUACAAACAUGACAGCAACACCUUUAAAACAAGAAGGCGGAAAGCAAAACAUCACUGAGAUACAAGCUAAAAAUACUAGCUCAACUCGGGUUCCAGAAAACGCAGGUACUUGGCGCAGUGAGAAGGAGAGAAUGGCGAAAGCUAUGGCGCGAUUGCGCGGUCAGUUGAGAAGACAUCCCUCGCUAUAUUUUGCUGGAAAUAGCAGUCUAUGGAAGAACCAUCCAGUAGUGUCUAUGAAUAUUGACGAUCUUGUUCACGUGUUUUACGAAGUGAAUCACAAGAACUUGAUUGAUUUGGUGGAACAUCCAACUGCACAACCAAAAGGUAAUGAUAUCGCACAAAACAGAAAGAUGGGCAAGAACAACAUCACAGAAAAAGAAGCAAAACACCGAAAGCUAAGGAAGAAAUUUCAAAAAGAAGUUCAAGAAAAACCCAGAACGAAAAGGAAGAAAAGAAAACAUAUGAGAAAAAAGAGUAAAGGUCGUAAGAAAAGAAAGCACCAUCGCGCAAAAACAUUUCUUCCCUUGUCAUCAGAAGGAAGCAAUGAUCGAUGGAAGGAUAAGCAUAGAAAGAACAGGAAGAAAUCAAGGUCGCAUGUAAAGAAGACAAAUAGGUUACAUAAGCAUAGAUAUAAAGCAAAGAAUCACAGGCACGUGAAUGGAAUUGCCAAAUUUGGAAUAAGUGGUACACUCAAAAUUCAGAGCCCAGCUGAGGAACCCACAUUUAAGAACCAUAUGCCCAAUAAUGUUAAAUAUUUCAAAAUCGAGAGGGCAGCGAAACAGGGAGCAGUCUGUAUUGAUGGAUCAAUCCCGGGCUACUAUUUUCGGCAAGGUAACGGAAAAGACCAUAACAAAUGGAUCAUUCAUUUACACGGUGGAGCCUGGUGCUACGAUCCCGAAACGUGCUACCGACGCAGCAAAUCUAUACUUGGUUCGACGAAGCACUGGUCGGCUGAAAACAUAACAAACUUCUUCCAAGGAAUCCUCUCCGAUAAAAAUGAAAUCAACCCUUGGUUCAAGAACUGGAAUGUCGUAGUUCAGUCAUACUGUGACGGAGGCUUCUUUUCUGGGAAAAGAGUAGAGCCUUUAAUUUAUCGGGGUGCGAAAAUGUAUUUCAGGGGACGCCAAAUCCUAAAAGCAAUGAUCAAAAGUUUAAAAGGAAGAGGUUUGGAAAAGGCCAGCGAUGUUAUCUUGAGUGGAACGUCUGCAGGAGGUCUAGCAGUUUUGUUACAGGGUGAUUACUUAAAGCACAAACUUCCAAAGACUGCGACAGUCCGUGGAUUAGUUGAUGCUGGAUUCUUCCUAGAUUCACAAGCAGAAGGUAGCGUGGAUGUCACAGAAAACCAGUUUAAGGGACUGUACGAAACGCACAUGCCUAAACUGAGGACCAAAUGUGAGAAAGGAAGAGACAACAGUACAAAAUUCAAAUGCUUAUUGCCUCAAAAUAUGGUUCAGUAUACAAGUUUACCACUGUAUUUUGUGAAUUCUCUUUACGACCAUUGGCAACUUUCAGAGUUGCACCAGUUGCGGUGUAUUUACAAUAACGAAAAGUGUCAACCGCAACAGCGCGAUCGCAUUUUAGAGUUUAGAAACGACAUGUAUAAGAACCUAAAAGAGGCUUUAAAAGACUCUAAACAUCACGGUUUGUUUGCAGAUUCGUGCAUCGGGCACGGGCAAGCGAUCGUGGAUUACACAUGGUCUCGUAUUCGAGUCAAUAAUCAGACUUUAAAUGAUGCAUUUAACGAGUGGGUUAACGAUAAGCACGGUGAAAAGAGACACUGGAACGUUGACUGCCACUUUCCAUGUAAUGGUAGCUGCCCAAAGCCGCUAGUGAAAUCCUGUAUUAAAAACUUUGAAGGGGCAUCGCAGAAUCAUCGAACGAAGAGAUUUACAGAAUUAUGUUAAUGUUGCUUUUCAUUUCGUGUAUAGUAUUAAGACUAGAUAAUGUGAUCGUUGAUGUUAGUAUCUUCAAAAAUCCGUACGGGUUUAUGGUGUUCAGUCUGAUUGGCGGUCAGGCGAAAACAUACCGGCUAAUUGACACCUUACUUGUCGAAAAAUCUUACUGGUACUCUCUCUAAAGAAUUAAUUUAUCUACGUUGUGAUGUACCAGGAUCGAUCGUAGUGAUACUAAAUAUGUUAAAUUUGAAUAUAAUCCCCGAUUUUACUUUUCGUUAGGAUCUUUACAUUAACAUAAUGCAACGAUAUACACUAGCAAACCAGGCUUACCAAAUCAAAAAGUAGCCCUUAUAGAAAGAAUUUUGAGCUCAUUUAACGGAAGGCUAUAAGGCUCACAUAAAUGAUCUUACUAGACGCUCGAGGAUGCUGAUUUGGAGUCGAUAUAACAUGCACGGGAAACGAUCGCAAAUCUGUCGGUAUUAAUCUGUAAAGCAUGCCAAAUCUACUUUAGUCAGCAAAGAUUAACGUCAUUAUCAACGAUUAUCGAAGUUCGGCGCUAUCUUACAUUUGCCUAAAGUUGUAAAGUGAAACAAGCAUCAACCUAAUAUAGAUAAUUUACGGCUAACAUUAAAGACAGCAAGAAUCUGAAGAAUACACCCAUACAUCCCCUAAGAAAAUGUUUGAUUAAGAUGAAGCGCCACUUGUUCAAGAAGCCUUGUGCAAAAUAGAAAUAAAGAUGACAUUUUGCAGAAACCCCUAGGCGGUCACUUCUUGAAAUUGUCAUUUUUGACAGCUUUAUCAUUUAUUUAGAAGCGAAGCUAUCAUAAUUAAUACUCACCGAAGCAAUGAUUAUUGUGUAAGUUUUUUCCAUUGUCGCUUUACAAACUCCCCAAAUCAUCUUUACACAGCUGUGUAAAUUCAGUUCAAGUGACACAGUCUUCUCUAUGAUCGUAAAAUGCUGUAUGAUUGAUGUAGUUUUGUUCGUCAUUAAUGUGUCUACAAGACUUUCACCGUCAGUUUAAUGUCAAUCAUAUUCUGCAUUUUCUAUUUACUGGGAAGUAAAGCCCAUAUAAGACCCAAUAAGGCACCCUCAAAACUACAGAGCGAACCAGAACGUGCCCCUGUUGGCAACAGUUAAAAAUAAACUCAUUGUUUUGCCAUUGAAAUGCUAAGUUUUAAACCUUGCAGACAGGAAUCCUGUCACAGGUACUAUGCAAAAGAAGCCUAUUUUGCAGGCAACUUUAGAGGCAUCUUUAGGAGCUAGCUACAAUAUAACUAUUUUAGACAGACAUUUUAAUGAGAAUAUAAAGCAAUAUUA